AACCGCCGCCGCCAGGCCCGCCUCUACGCGCGCUUUCAGGCUCGAUCCCUGCUGCCUGAUCCCGACAAGCCCAAGGAACCGCAGUUAAAACCGACAGUGAAAACAGAAGGUCAUAAAAUUAAGAGUGAGCAAGGGACAACUGAACAAGGGCGCAAGAAAGAAAUCAGACCUCAUGUUUCUCCAACUUUGCCUGCUGCCAGUGGUAAACAGAAAAUCCGAAAGCAGAAAAAUAAAAGACUCCUGCCACAGAUGCCUGUCUCAGUUGAUGGUGUUCCAGAUCCCUUGGGUUCCAGCUGUCGUUAUGAUAGUUCUCUAAGCUUGUUGACAAAGAAAUUUGUUAAUCUGCUUCAAAGACAAGAGGAUGGAACACUGGAUUUAAACAGAGCAGCUGAGCUUUUGGAAGUGCAAAAGAGGAGGAUAUAUGAUAUAACCAAUGUUCUUGAAGGAGUAGGACUAAUGGAAAAGAACCUGAAGAACAGGAUAAGUUGGAAGGGUGAUGAAGUGUUUGGAUCUAUGGAGCUUGACAACCAAAUUGCUGAAUUGAAGGCUGCAAAUGAAUCUCUGUUUAAGGAAGAGUGCAGAAUUGAUAAAAUGAUAAGGGAGAUGGAAGAAAAUUUGAGAGUUUUGAAGGAAAGGGAUUUGAAGUAUCUCUACCUCACUAAGGAAGAUAUCAAUAGCCUUCCAUGUUUUCAGAAUUCCACAUUAAUGGCAAUAAAAGCUCCUCAUGGAACUAGUAUCGAGGUUCCAGAUCCUGAUGAGGGUCUUGGUUUCUCACAGAGGCGAUACCAGGUCUUUUUGAGAACCUCAAUGGGUCCCAUCAAUUGCUUCCUGAUCAGCAGUAAUGAAGAGAAACCUCAGGCUUCAAACGAAGGGCAUCAACUGGUACCCAUGGAUUGUUCUUUUGAUAAUAAUCAUAAUAACAGGGAUGAAGGACCCACUAUGCAUCCAUCAGACCAAGCUACUGCGACAACAUCAGCCCCCAUGCAAGAGGCCGAUACUCAGAAAAUAUCUUCAGAUCCUUUGAUUUAUGACGAACAAGUAGGUGGCAUAGUGAAGAUUGUUCCACCUGAUGUCAAUGUAGAUGCUGACUAUUGGUUUGAGACAGAUCAACAAGGUAGCCUCACGGAUAUGUGGAAUGAGUAAUGACAGGAGAAGAUGGAGUACAUUCCAUGAUCAUGAUGAAAAUUUACCAGCAGGAUUCUCCAAAAUGAGAAUGGAUUAUGCGCUAAUGGGCUUGCUCGGCUGAAUGCCUGCUUGAAGGGAAGAAGCUUUAAUCCCUUCACCUGUAAAGAAUAUAGAAGGUGGCACCACAUUAGGCAAGAGUAGCUGGGGUUGGAAUCUUUUCAUUUCCUCCCUGACCUGAGAUAUGUAAAUCUGUAAAUAUUGAUGAUAGUCUGCAUUAUUAAUAAUAUAGCCACAAAGUAUAAGGGCUCAAGUUUAGGCUAUUAAACAAUUACUAACUUAAUUUUCUUGUGCAAUUGUUUAUUGUUGAGAAAAAUCUGUGUACUUGUACCCAUGUUCUGAUCAUCCCCGAGGAUCAUAUAUAGGGGAAUGAGAUUCGUGGAGAGAAAUGUCGAAUGUUGGUUAUUUCUGUGCUGGCAAUCUUGUUCAACUCUUCUCUGUUACCUAAAGCUGCAGUUAAGAUCUUACCAAGCAUCAGUCACAAUUUGAAUCAAAUAGAAGCAUUACAGUGAUGCCCUGCUGCAAAACUUGUGUGUAGUGCAAUAUUUUGAUAUAGAUGGUCGAUUUUGCAAUCAGAUGUAAGGACAUUUGAUACUCAAGUAUUGACCCGAAAGGGUAGAAGAAUUGCUAUGUAAGCAAAAUGCAUCCUUGCGUGUAAUGAUGAUGAGAUAGAAUCUCAUUAUCAAUGAUUCAGUAUGAAACAGACCCAUC